AUGUGUCGGCAGUGUGUGGAGCAGAAGAUCACAUGUACGUUUUUGGAUGUGAAGCGGGUGCGGGAGCAGAAGCAGUUGGGAACGCUGGGGAGAAAGGUCGAGCGGUAUGAGGAGUUGUUGAGGGAGUUGGAGCCGGAUGUAGAUAUUGCGGCUGCGAAGAGGAUAAGGAAGGCUCUUAAGCUUGAUGAUGGACAGGAGGAAGAGGAGGAUAGGGGAAGUGAGACUUCGUCGCUGGGAUCGCUUGAUGCGAUUGAUCUGGUGGAGGAGGAUUUGAAUCGCAACGAGAAGACAAGGGCGACGGGGUACUUUGGGAAGAACUCCGAAGUAGCAUGGAUGCAGAAGUUGGAAAACGAAGCGAAACAUCGCAGUCGACACGGGAUUCAGGAUGGUGAUCCAGCGGGUGAUUGUUCACGAGGACGACCAGAAGUACCAAUUUCAUUGAUGAGCUACUACCUCGACGACCUCGACAUCCCCAUGUUCCACGAAGUGGAUCCCUCCGCCGUGCCCUCGAAACAUCUCGCUGAUAAGUACUUCUCGGCAUACAUGCUCGUCUUCCAUCCAUCAUUCAACGUUGUCCGCAGAAAGGCAUUUACCUCGCAGUACGCACGCUUUAUCCGCCAGCCGAGCAGUGUCCGACCACCGCGGAAAUGGCUUGCUGUGCUGAAUAUGAUAUUUGCAAUCGGGUGUCACUAUUGUCGGUUGACAGGGGAUGAUGUCGGAGACGAUAGGGAUAGUCUGGUAUUUCUGGCGAGGGCGCGGAAGCUGAGUUUGACAGAGGAUACGCUCUUCGAACAUUCAGAUCUGCAGCAGGUGCAGGUUGAGUUCCUAGUUGCGUUCUACCUCUUGGCACGAGGCCAGGUUAAUCGCGCCUCCAAAUUCACAAACAUGGCUUUCCGCUCCGCCCUAUCCCUUGGCAUAAACCUCCGCUUCGUAGACGACUGGACUGACCACGCCGCCAAAGAAGCCCGCAGUCGUCUCUGGUGGUCAAUCUACAUCCUCGAGCACUCCAUUGCGGGACUGACGGGGCGAGUCUCCUGCGCGAGCGAAGGCCUCAGCUCCGUGCCUUUACCGGUACCCUACGAAGAGGAAUACUUUGACAGACCGGACGUGCUCAAAUUGUUCCAGGACAUCAACCUGCGCCAGAAAUAUUUCAAGCCAACGCUCUUCCAAUCAGACGAAGAAUCACGUGCCCACGGCGAGUGGCUUGAGAAAUGCGGGCCUAGUCCAUCAUCGUUCUUCUUCUGCUUCGUGGAUCUGGUCUUUAUCACGCAGGCCAUCAUCAACAAAGUCUACAGCAUAGAGGGUAUCCGUGAACGAUCCGGGCAAAUUGAGCAGCGUAUCCGGAAAUACGGAAUCAAGUUGGAUAACUGGCUCGCCAAAGUUCCAUCUGUGUAUCGGUUCACGACGACUGGUGGACGGGAGGCGUUGAACGGGGAUAUCAACUUGCUGGUGACAAGCGAGUUCGAUGGGGAUGAAGGCAAAGAGAAAGAGAGUGAGAGGAACUUUGCAAGGGAAAAAUUCAGUCUUGCGAUGCACUUCUACAGUUCCAAGAUUACCCUCUGUCGACCCUGUCUCACGCACGCGAAUGCCAGAAACAUCGCUCCAUCCACAGACAUCGGUCCUAGCCAUACCGCCAACGGCGACGACAACGACACCAACAACCCUAAAGACGCCGAUACCGAUGGCGACACCGACGGUGAUGAUGAUAACAGCAACCGCUGCACCUCCGACCCAAUCUCCGAAUCCAACACAAGCACCUACACCACCCAAGCCGACAUCACCCGCUCCAACCCAACCCCCCACCUGCACCCAAUCCCCAACACCUCAAAGGCCCGCCGCGUGCGCUUCCGCACCGAAAUGUCCCUCUCCUGCCUCCGCGCCUCCUGCGCCCUACUCUCCCUCCUCCCUGACGAACCGGACAUCCUCUCGCUAACCCGUCUCUCACCAUGGUGGCACCAUCUCCACUAUAUCAUGCAAGCCACCACAGCACUGCUACUAGGACUAAGUAGCUGGCCAACAAGCCCCCCUGCAGAGGAAAAAUACAGCACAUCAGUACAAGCGCCAGUUUUCGGCACCGCCGUGCCAACAGAGGCAUCCGCGGACCCCGGCAGCGAAGGCGACGGCGGCACAGGACCGCGCAUGAACCCGCUUCCAACACUCCAGGUCGCAACGGUGAUAGACUGUACCAAGAAAGCGCUGCGCUGGCUGUACCACAUGUCCGUCCAUGGGGACACCGCGGCGCGCCGCGCGUUUGUUUUAUCGGAUAGCUUUAUGCGCCGUAUAGCGCCGAAUCUGGGGAUUAGUGUUGACGAUUUACCGGAGGUUGAUGCGCUGCCUGUUGGGUCGCCGGCGGAGGGGAUGCCUGUUCCGGCGAGUGAGAUUGGGAGUGGUGUUGAGGGCGUGCCUGGGGGAAGGGAGGAGGCGGAGGAGAGGGAGAGGGAGAUGGAGGUUGAGGGGAGGGAAAUUGUGGAGAAGGCGGCAAGAGAGGUUGAUCGGGAGUGGGAUGGGGUAGGGGGGAGGAUUGCUGGUGUGUACCAGCUUUGA